AUGCAAAGUUGUCCGUUAAGCUGGUUGUAUAUUGACGCAUUUUCCGAUAAGAAGAUCGAUGCUCAUCCACUCAGGCUGUUAACGAUUACACGUACAGUGACUUGGCAGGACGACCGACGGAAGCAGGGACCUUGCCAACUCGCUUGUCUGACGAUUCAAAUUAGUCCAAUCGAUAGAAGCUUACUCAUUUCCACUGAUGAGCAUGAGAAUCCGGGUGGCGAUUUGGAGAAAGAGGCGAAAAUUCCAUCGGAAAAGGCGAACACAUUUGCACGAUUUCAGGCAAUCCGAGUAAUGUUGGCUGAUAUCAUACGACCGUUGGAAUGGACCCACAUUUGUGUUGUGCUGUCGCGGUCUGUAUUGAAACCAAGUCAGGCCACUGUUUACAUCAAUGGUCGCGCGGUGUCAACUCAGCGACUGCAGUAUAUUGUUCAAACAGCUGGUGGUGCAGCUACACAGCUUGCUCACACACAUGUUGUUAACGCGGUCAUAGGCACGCUUCCAUCAAUGCGACGUCCAAGCCGUUUGCGGUACCGGAUCGCCUCCACUUUCCUCAUCGAAGAACCACUGUCAGCCGAACUAGUGCGUAGCAUUUACGACCUGCAACCACAUUACAUAGGAAGCCUUCAAGCGAUAGGCCAAGAAAGAAUUUCUCUCGUACAGGAGGAAAAGAUCGUCCUCGCCUUGAAUGGUAUGGCAACUAGCGAAAUGACGUUGGCUAAAAUCCGCACUGUGCACAACAAACUUGAUGCUGAAAUCUUGGCACCACAUCUAGGCAUAUCAUCUAGCGAUAAUAGCACACCUCUGCGAAUUAUGACGAAUACAGUGGCUCAUGCUCCAGGUGCUGGCAGAGCAUUUGGCGCAGUGAUCAUAGGGUAUCUUGGAAUGCGAACAUUCAUUCCACGUCCCGUACCACGUUUACUGGACUCCAUGGGUGGGUACGCUUGCUUGUACGGCCUUGUAGCUAUGGCUACUGAUUCGGAAGGCCUGUAUGCCAGUCUCAAAGCAGUUGUUUCGGCUGUAAGAUCAAAUAGCAAUCUGCAAGCGACUUUGCAUGCUAAUAGGGCAUACCAGACGCUAGCGGUUCUUCUCGAGGACAAAGCGAACCUUCUGAACUCUCACAUCAUGCAUAUGAUAUUCAGCAUGGCUGGCACAUUGGACACGGCUCGGGAAAUCGCUAUUAUUCCAAAUGCACAGGUAGGAAGUUAUUUCUAUCUUGGAGCUUUUGAGGAUCUGCUAUGCGACCUAGAUAUUUGGGCGAGAGCUCCCGAUGAACAGCACAGAAUGCUCUAUGAACAUUUUUACGAGCUGAUUACGGAUCACGAGAGAGAGAAUCUGGUCAUUGUUCGAAGAUCACCACUGUUUUCUCGUUUAUUGUUUACAAUGCUCGAUCGACCUCAUCUUCUGUGGUCAACCAAUGAGAUUGUGUUCAAUCUACUAUCCGCGAUCGUACAACCACAGUGCGAUAAUCGGAGUAUGCUAAAGCUCGGUCAGGCUAUCGCAGCCACGCUACCGACAACAGACGAAGAUCUGUUAUUGGAGGCCAAAUUUCCGUUCCACAUUUCGGAGAUGCAGAAUCAGCUUUUAGCAAAUCAAAAACCAGAUGAAGGAAAGCCAUCUGCGUUGUACUUGGUCUACGUAAGGAAUCGUAUGUUGAACAUGAUCGCUAAUUUUUUGUCGCACUCUAGUGCUCCUCUCAAUCAGCACAUGUCGGAGCAGAUAGUUCGUGUACUUGGAUUCGACUGGGUUUACUGCCUUCUCUCCCCGGGUGUUCACUCUGGAACAGUAUUCCUAGCUCUCCGGAUUCUGCUUGCUCUCGUGGCCCAUCCUCAAUUGCUGGUGAAGUUUCGUGAAGGCACUGCAAGUGGUAACUUACUUAUAUUAAAACGUCAGUUUCAGGUGGUAUUGGGUUUCUCUGUGUCUGCACAUGGUGGAGCAGUCGGCAGCAAAAUAGACAUCAAUCCUGAGCUGCAGAACUGCGCAGGUUUUGCAGCAUUAGAACACCUGAUGGCUGCUCAUGCAGACAAACCUUAUGCGUACAUGGCUAUGUUAGCAAUACUCGUCGGACAGCCCGUAAAAGACCUUCGAUUUUGUGAGAACUUCAAUAUCGACCAAAUAUGGACGCACGUUUUUGGUCUCGCACUUAAUAGUUCGGUUUACGAGGCUAUCAAGUCAGCUGAGUUUUGCUAUGAUGCUCUUAUACCACUUCUGGCGAUGAUCAGAGCCUGCAUUUACUCUGGAAACGAAGCUCCUCAAGGAUGGCAUGUUGACUAUCCCUCAUCGGUUGUACAAAUGAUUACAUUCCUGUACCAGAACUCACCAAACUUUUUUGCAAUGGCUCACUCUGAAGAAUUUGUGCUUGCAGUGUUCUCUAGUCUUAUCCAGGACACUAAUGCAAUGGGUAUCAGGACAGAGACGGCUGACAAAAAUUUAGCCCUUACACCGGAACUGGAGAAGGUGCAAGCAGCAGUUCUCGACUUUUUGAAGAAGCUGUUUUGUGAUGAUUUUCAAGUUGCUCCCGGAAGCCGGGUGGAUAGCUUAAUAGACGUUAUCACGGAGGUCUUUGAGCACUUGCUAAGCACUGAUCUCUUGGUCUCAUCAUCCCUUCCUCUAAAUGCUCCUCCACAAUCAUUGGCUCAGGUGGGAGUCAAUAUUUCGUACAUGGCUCAUCGUUCAGUUGACUGCCUUUGGAACGGUUUCAUAGUUGGUGAACCACUUAGAUUACUGCAGCUUCUUUACAGCGUAUAUUCCAUUGCUAGCAGGAAGGAGAAUAAAUUUUCUUUUCAGGAAAUCAAUUUGGAUAGUUUAACGUCUUCCAUUAUGCGGUGUGUGCUAUAUAUCCUAAGUCGACCGAUUGAAAAUGUACAAGGAAUUUUCAGUGAAUUGAAUGCUGCACGAGCUUUGUUAGCCAAUGUGGCAGGUCAGCACUGGCAUCAGUUUGUUGACGGCCAGUUAUCUGGAACAUAUCCGAAUCAUGCGAUCUCAAAAGAUAUUCAGACGCAAAUUAGUUCGAAAAUAACUCGAGUCGCUUCUGGUCUUCAUAAACUGUCAAUGGCAAGUAGAAGAACACUAACCUCACAUGGUAGUGUGAGCGCCGUAUUGCCAUGGAAAAAUGUGAGCAUUGAUAAAGAGGUGGGACAGUUCAGAACUGAAUCUUCACACUUGAUGAGCCAGGUCUCAGCUCUUCAAACAUACUGGCCGGAACUGGUGGUUGCCCAAGCGACGCGAUAUCAUGAAUGGCAUGCGCACUCCAAGAAAUGGGCUCUUCAUGAAUGGCAUCAGUUGGAAGCUGAGUUGACACGGGAGCGUGGAAUAUGGGGGCCUGAAAAGGCAUCAGUACUGGACAAAUACAAGCUGGAUACCACGGAAGGUCCGUCGCGUACACGCCGAAAGAUGAUACCAAAUAGAUUCUUCUACCAUGCUUUUCCCUAUCGUCCUCAUUUAGAUGAGCCGAGUGCGAAAGCAAUGCGUGCCAAAGUAGCGAUUUCUCGCGAUAGUGAGUUAUACUACAAUGCGUGUCGACGGCGACGUGGACGAAUAAUGGAUUCCCGUAUAAUCGACUAUUCGGUUGCCAUUUCAACGCCGUCCGAAGAGAAGCCGGCCUUCACAUUUUGCGAUUUAGCGCAAAUAAACUCGUCGCUCAUUCGUCGACUCUCGGCUCGUCCACAUAUCGAUGCACCUCCAUACCAAUGUUUGGAAGAUAAUGGUAAAGAAAAUGGAAAUGGCGAAGAAAACGGAGCAAAGGAAACAUCGGUAGAACUUGAAGAGGAGCAGCAGGACGAGUCCUCAGCGAGUGAUAAGCCGAUGUCAGAAAGUCGCGAAGAAGUGAAAGAGGAAGAGAAAAGGGAUACUGAAAACAGGAAGAAGCGAGGUCCGGAUAAUCAGACGCUUUUACGUUUACUGGAGCAAGGCGAGCAGCUGCAUAGCAUGUUUCGUUGUGCUAGGAUUCAGGGGCUCGAAACCUCUGAAGGAUUAUUACUUUUCGGUAGAGAGCACUACUACGUCGUAGACGGUUUCACUCUUUUGAAAACAAGAGAAAUACGUGAUCUGGAUUUCUUGAGCUCGGAGCUUCAUGAUCCAAUCGUUCCAUAUACUGCCACGGGCGCUACCCAUCCACCUCGAGCUUCACGCCUUUGUAGUAAAUUUAGUUACGAGGAUAUUAGAGAAGUCCAUAAACGGAGGUAUCUCCUCCAGCCGAUUGCUCUUGAGGUAUUCAGUGCUGAUGGCCGCAACUACCUGUUAGCCUUCCCCAAGAAAAUGCGUGAUCGAGUGUAUGAGAAGUAA